AUGCAUCCCGAUCUCUCACUGAAGCUGAAACUGAAACGAUAUGGACAGGUAGAAAAAGAAGGUCUAGCCUUUGUAUUCGCAGUUACAAAGUUUCACCGAGUGCUACUUGGCCGUAAAUUUACACUCCAAACUGAUCAGCCACUCCUGAGAAUUUUCGGAUCGAAAAAAGGAAUUCCGAUUCACACAGCCAAUCGACUGCAACGAUGGGCACUCACGCUGCUGUGCUAUGAUUUUGACAUCCAGUACGUUUCCACUACCCAGUUUGGAUAUGCCGAUAUACUGUCUCGCCUGAUCAGCCAACAUUCAAGACCGGAGGAAGAUUUUGUCAUCGCUUCAAUUCAACUGGAAGACAAUAUCGAGGCUCCACUACACGAAGCUGUUAGCUCGCUACCACUAACGUUCAACAUGGUUCGUGGCGCACCACUCAAGUGUCCCAUACUCAAGCAAGUGACGGAACACAUUCAGCAAGGAUGGGCUUCUUGCAGCAAUGAAAUCACCAACCCUGAUAUUCGACCAUUCUUUUUUCACCGUGACGCUUUGGAAGAGGUGAAAGACUGUGUGAUGCUGUCCAAUCGAUUGGUGAUUCCUGAACCUUUCCGUCAACGUAUCCUUAAGCUACUUCGAGGACAUCCAGGAAUAGAGAGAAUGAAAGCUCUAGCGCGCAGUCAUGUUUUCUGGCCUAAAAUUGACGAUGAUAUUGCUGAUUUCAUCAAGCGGUGCGACAGUUGUGCCACUCACUCGAAGACUCCUCCAAAAGUACCAUUACAGUCAUGGCCACUCGCAAAAUCUCCGUGGGAGCGCAUUCACAUCGAUUUCGCUGGUCCUGUCAACGGUCUUCACUUUUUGGUGGUAGUCGACGCUUUUUCCAAAUGGCCCGAAAUCCGCAUCGUUCGUUCACCUACAACAGCAGUAGUUAUUGAAUUUCUUGGGGAAUCAUUUGCUCGUUUUGGAAUUCCAAUCACAAUUGUUUCCGAUAAUGGCACCCAGUUUACUUCGGAUCAACUCGCUGAAUUAUGCAGAAAAAAAAAUGCGCACUUCCCCAUAUCAUCCGCAAUCAAAUGGGCAAGCCGAACGGUUCGUAGAUACCUUCAAGAGCUCACUGCUCAAGGUCAAAAAGGGGAGAAACAUCUCUGA